CCAAGUACACAGCAAUUAUUGAGUUGACGCUUUUACAGAUAAUGUAUAUAAUUAAUCCACGACUCUAUAAAGGGUUAUUAUGAAAGAAAUUUGUGUACAUAUUAAAUUAAGGGACAUUCGUGCAAAGAGAGCUGUUAUGAUACAUAUAACUGACAUUUUUGCUGCUGAUGAAAAAGUCUUAAAAUGGCUACCACAGAAAAUGAAUAUUAUCUAAGAGCCAUAUUGCUGCUUGCUGAAGGUGGUUCCUAUAUUUCAAAAGAAGUAUUAUACAGAGAACAUUCUGGUGACUUAAACAAACUUCUCAAACAUUUUGAACAUAAGUUAAAGUAUGAGUUGCACGAAAAACAAAUAGAGAAAUUAUUUCCACGAAAUGGAAACACUUCUGUGGACACAUGGGACCUUCAAAUGCUAAUAAUAGUAGUAUUAAGACUGUUUCAUAACUCCCUCAAGCACGAAGAUAAAAGAAAUUUACAAUACAUAAAAAUGUUGCGUCAUGAAAUUCAAGCACACAGUCCUUCAGUAACACUAGAUGAUGUUCAGUAUGAGAAUAUCAAAGACCAGCUAACAGAUGCAUUGACCAACUUAGCUUCCGGCUUUGGAGAGAAUGUGCAGAAAGAAUGUAAAUCAAUUAUCAACAAGUACACAUCUGGACCUCUCGAUGUAAUGUCCGCUAGAGAGUGUCUGAAGCAAUUACAGAAUAAUGAUGUACUGUUUAAACAAGUGUUGGAGAAGAUCGAAUGUUCUAAAAAUGACAUAUGUACGCGCUUAAAUGCCACAGAGAAGAGUCUAUCGGACGAUGUCAAGAAUAUCAGUCAACAGGUGACAGAUCUUGAAAAGAGUUUGAUGGAGCAGCUGCAAAGACUUGAUGCAGGAACAUGCAGAAAGAAAAUCAAAGUUGGUAUGCAUGUGGAGUUAUCGCUCGGUGGACCAACACAAGAGUGGAUCCUUCUGAUGGAGAGAACAUUGAAUGAUGUCUUUAAUGAAGCUUAUAAAACGUCUGGAGGAAAAUUUGAAAAUAUCAAGAAAAGGGUAGAGGAAUUACUCGACGAUAUCAAACAAACACAACAAUCAAUUACAGAGGCUCAAAAACGAUGUGCAUCAUUCUAAUGUUUGAAUGCUUCACAUACUCUGGCCUAUUGGAUUUACUUCAGUAUCUAACGAGCCAGAAAUAUCGAGGUCGGCUUGGUGCUCUAUCAGAAACAUUGUCGAAGCAUUUCAAGGUUGAUAUUCCAGUAACGGCUACGUCUACAAUCUCACCUGCAUGCUUGCAAAAUGCGUUAGACAGUUUAGAACGCGAACAGGAAAACCAGGAGGCUGAUAAUGAAAAAAGUCACAGUCAUCCGACUGAUGAAUAUAAAAAGUCGUUAAAGCUGGCCAUGGAAUGUUCAUCUGUAGAAGACUUGGUAUACCUCUGGGAAAUGUUUCAACAGGGCGGUGCUGCACAUCAUCUUGAUAGAAUAGCUAAUAUGCUUUCUGAAUUAUCUGGGAAGAGAAUAACGUUGUCAUCGUCUAUAGAUCUGCAAGAAUUCAAAGAAGCGCUGGAAGAUACAGUUGAAAGUGCUAAUGAUCCUGAUGUUGGACCAAGCAAAAUAACAGACUUGAUGAAAGAUGUUUGUAAAGGUCAAGAAAAGUAUCUCCCACUACCUGGUAAGUAAAUAUACAAGUGCUUAGGAUGUCCAGACCAUGACUUUACAUUUCUACCAACUAAUAAUUCUGCACAAUAAAAGUUCAUUUAACCAUAUUUAAAACUUUGAUCAAUCAAUAUAAAUUAACCUUUAGCGGUGUAUAAGUAAUUGGGAAAUUUUAAGAUUGCAAUUAAGUUAUUUAUGGUACUCUUCAUUGACUUCCAUUAGGUCUGAAAUGUAGCCAACAUUAUUUGCUAUCAAAUUUAACCAGUUAAUAAUCUCUUGUUCAUACAUCAGAUGAUAUUUUUUACCAUAUCAUCCAAAACAAAUUUGAAUUUUGUGUAAAAUUGUUAUAUCAAGUAGUCCAAUUUAGCAUCGUAUAUAACAAACCUGUUUGCUAAAAUGCUAUUUAACCUCUAGUCGUAAAUAUUAGUGAUUAUUUUCGAAUGAAAAUAAAUCCGAAGUUAUUUAUGCCAGGAAUUAUCUGGUUUUUUCUCGCUGGUAUUUUUAGAUAAAUGCUAUUUUUAGACAACUUGUCAUUACAUAUGUAUGCCAUUUGGAAUGCUUCGGUUUCAACAGCAAAACUAUCUCUGACGUCACAUUAUCAAUUGCAAACAUGGCAGAUGAAACAGACACAAAAUUCUUUAAUUUAAAUCUGAUUUCAUCUUGUAUAAUUAAACUAUCGGGCCAUGUUAAAAGCUUUUGCAGGAAGGCUGGACAUCCUGUUAAUCUAGAGGAGCAACGUAUUGACGUGUCGAAUGUUCCUGAUUCGGAAAAAAUUACAGGUAAUAUAACAUGCAAUGGACGAAAAAUAAUGUCGUCUCUGUUGCUUUCUAUCACUGGUUUGAAGAAAUAAUCCAGGCUUACAAAUAUAGAGAUAAUGGAAUGAACGUGUAGGGUGUGGUGUGUAUGUUAUUAUUUCUCAGCUGGAUAUAUUACGCGAUACCGCGGUCAUGAAUUUGAUUUUGAAACAGAAAUAUUUGUAAGGGAAAACAUGUUAAUAUGUGGUUUAAUACUGGUCCGACUUACAUGGUAAAUAAUGAAGCAAACAUAUAAGAUACACGUAGAAUUUUAAAUGGGUUGAAUUUACACGUAAUUUAACCAAAAGACUUUAAUGUUCGAUAUGAAAAGUGAGUAGAGAUAUUUACCCUGACACCGGCUAGAUAUUUUACCCCGACACCGGUUUCAAUAUGGCAGGUCUGCAUUGAAGUUUUCUAUAGGCAGUAUGCUGAGCGUAUAUAAAGGUAUUAUGUAACAUUACUGCCACAAAUAACAUUAAUACUGCCUUUAGUUUUAAUUGCAUUACAGUGGAUUACAGUUGCAGGAAAGAAAAUAGUAAACAAACAUAAAUAUACAUAACAAAAAGUUGAGUAAUGCACUUUUUUAUGCUUUGUCAUUAAAAUACUCAUUAAUAUAGAUGUAUCAGAGAAGUCAUUGUUACAAAGACAUUUGAACUAGGACAGCCUGUUAGGGGAGGCUACUUUGCGGACUGUCUGGGGUCUUUUUGUUAGGUACAUUUGUACCAGGAUUUAUAGAAGUAAUAUAGACCAAGCAUCAAUUGAUAUUUUUUGUUUUACAUGAGAACCUACUUUAAUUUCAAUCGGAAGAUACAGUGGUACGUUUAAAUCCCUUUACUUUCGGUUUGAAUUACAUUUUUCAGAUCUGCAUUUUAGCAAAGGCAUGCAUAGGCCAUAAAGAUAAUUUAGGAAAAUAAAAUCGAAUAUAAAUUUGGUUCUGUUGUUUAAUAUAAAUUGGAAAAGAAAUUUUGAAUUCACAUGUCUCGGGUGAUGCUAUAGUACAAAACUUUCAAGUUUCAUUGGAAUAAAAUGUAUUUAAUGGUUUGAUUGUAACUAUAGUUUGAGAUUUUACAAAAUGCGUCCAAGUGAGUAAAAUGCAAUCGUUACCUAAAUCAAAUGAAUAAUUUUUGACAAUGUUUCGGGCAUGAGAAAAUUAUGAAUGGUAAUUUUAAUUCUGUUUGACACAGGUUUGUAUUCUUUUUGUUACAUGUACAUUAAUUGUGUUAAGCAGUAUUUAUGUACAGGAGUAUGGACCUAUCUGCUAAUUGUCUGAUAACCAUCAAAAAUAGUAUUCAUUUAAGUUCUUGACAAAUAUAGAAGACUCUCAUUUAGUCCCCUUUUGAUAGGUGGUGGCUUCAAUUUUUGUUGUAUAUAUAAAGUAUAUUACUAUAUAUCUUAGUAAGUCUACGAUUUUGUUUUCCCGCAGUAUCUACCAAGGGUUAGAAUGUUGAGGAACAUAUUGGAAACUUUAUUUCGCCAGGUUUAAUAUCGAUUAACGACUUCUUAUAAUUUUCUUGUUAAAACCCAAGUGCUUAGAGUAUAUAGUGGUAACUUCACAUGUCGCUUAUUACCGUACGAAUAUGUAGGUCAUUUAUUGCAAAGUAAAUUUGCGUUAUAUCUAUACUGAGAGCGUGUUAAUAUGCUGUUAACAGAAAAAUUUGAAGACUGAUGAAAAACUUCAAAGUACAAAUUUACAAUGUAUAUUGAAUUCUUGUUUACAUAAAUAAUUUGUUGACAAAUGCUUACACAUGGAUCGUUUAUUAGUUGUAGUCUGUUUAUAUAUAAAUAUUAAAUAUACAUGUUCUGCUAGAAACUGAAGUCAAACUGAAUCAUUAGUUUUCCCAUGAGAAAGGGUCAUACAAAUUUUCUUCGUUGAUUGCACUAAUUCUUUAGUGUUAUAAGACGGAACGUAAGCAGUUUUUAGCAAAACGGUUAUAGAAUUCUUAUUAACAGCAAACACUGUGUAUAUUCAGGUUUGUGUUUGGGACUUUUUAGGACCCCAUUUCCCAUCUGUUUAAAAUGCUUCUAUAAUCAUUAAUGUCAUUUCAGUUGAUAAAAUAAUUGAAAUCUGCUACUUUUUACUGGAAAUCUGCUCAUAGCAGCCAUUGUAUUAGUCUGUAAAUUUGUUCAACAUGGGGAUGGUUAUAAUGCAGCUUGAGCUUAAUAGACUCAUUCAGUAUUUAAAUGUUACAAUUUAAUUGCAUAUUAAAUUGAGGACAAUGUAAAAAAUGUCGAAAUGAAAUCAUUAUUAAAAUCGAUAAGUGCCAUCAAACAUUUAAAAGGUUACAGUGUGAAAAUAAUGAGAAGUUUUGGUGACUGUAUGCGUAAUCAUUCAUAUAACCUUUCUGUGACUGAAAAUAAAGGGCUCGUUAUUAUACAAUGUAUUGUGAGUAAAAAUGAUUAAUAUACAGAUGCCAGUUUUGAUAUAUGCAUGUUCUUUAAGUUAUUUGGUAAUAUUGGAUCACAUUUGUUUUCUAACUGGUAGUACAACUUAAUUGGUAACGAUGCUGUUGCUUAUAGAAGUUUGUGGUUUUAUAAUUAUAUUUUCAUAUUCAUAAACAUCAUAAUUUUAUAAAUCCAAUACAUAAUAUGAUAAUGAGUUAACAUGUUAUUAUCUUUCUUGAGUAAAGUAUCUGUCUGGCUGUAAAUCCAAUAAUUCAGAAAUAUUUUAUGUAUAUAAAGGUUAAACGUUGAUAGUUUAUAUAACAAAUUAUCAGUUUUUAAACCAACAUGGAUUUGAAAAACUCACUUCUGGAUAGCGACUAUUACAAUAUGAACCUUUCAUCAGGUCAUUAUAAGUUUGAAAUUUAUAACAUAUGGAGCAUCUAGAUAAACUACUGGUUAUGAAUAGGCUAAUUAGUUAGCACUCAGAUUGUUUUACUGUUGAGUGUGUUACCUUGACAGAGAUAAAUGGAAUGCCUAUCAGAUUUACAUCACGAAGGGUCCAUUUGGUCUAGGGGAACUAUUUUGUUCAUUGUAAUUAGUAUACUACUUCCCCUGGAAUUUUUAAUACAGAUGUUAUUGAGAUAUUCGGGAUUUGGACUGAGUAAUUUUGAUAUACAUUUAGUAUAAAUUUACAUUCAGUAAAUAUAGAUAUACUAUUAUCCCGGCUUUGAAUUUUGGGGGAUAAAUUUAUAAAGUAAAUUUAUUGUGGCGGAAAAUUCUGACAGCCGGGGAUCAUUUUGUUAAAUAAAUAUCCUAGCAAUUACUUGGCCGGGUCGUAGGUCUUACUUAGGUGGAAUAUUCUUCGAUUGGUGAAGUUGCUGGAGUACAUUUCAAAAUUUAGUUUUUUCUGUGAGCACUGGGUUUUGCCCACAAGCUGUUGCUAGGCUUGGUAUCUCCUAUGUGUCUCUUUGGCAUUGUAAAUUUCCUUUCGAUAGGACCGAAUAUUGAUAUAGUGUUCGCAGAAAAAUGCUAGUGUCGUAUUGUAUGGCAGAAAUAUUGGUAAAUUAUUGUACGUGUAUUGUACACAGCUGAAAUAUUGCUAAAUUAUUUACGUGUAUUGUACACGGCAAACAUAUUGCUAGUCCGUAUUGUGCACAGCUGAAAUAUUGCUAAAUUAUUUACGUGUAUUGUACACGGCAAAAAUAUUGCUAGUCCGUAUGGUGCACAGCUGAAAUAUUGCUAAAUUAUUUACGUGUAUUGUACACGGCAGAUAUAUUGCUAGUCCCUAGUGUGCACGGCAGAAGUAUUGCUAAUUUAUUAUACGUGUAUUGUGCCCGGCAUAAAUAUUGCUAAUUUAUUAUACGUGUAUUGUACACGGCAGAAAUAUUGCUAGUCCGUAUUGUGCACGGCAGAAGUAUUGCUAAUUUAUUAUACGUGUAUUGUACACGGCAGACAUAUUGCUAGUCCAUAUUUUGCAAGGUAGAAAUGUUGCUAAAUCAGUGUACUUUUGCUGUAUUGCUAGUCCAUAUUGUAUGGCUGAAAUGGGUGUGAAAUUAUGGUACGUAUAUUGUACAUGACAAAGUGCAGUGUACACGGCAGAAAUAUAGCUAUUGUCCGGAUAGAUAUAUAUAUAUAGCGCUGCAGAAAUUUUGCGUAAAGUUUAUUCAAGAGUGCAGGCAUGACUGGUCCUCGGUUGUUAGAAUUUUCAUUACAUUGUCUUUCCUGGGUCAUUUUAUGUGACAAAAUUCAGGCUUACAUUUAGACAGAAAGAUGCGGCCACAAAUUAUCCAAACUUAUUAAACUCCAAACUUAUUAAACUGUCAAUGAAUAAGUUGCAUAACUUGAAGUGAUUGCAUAACUUGAAGCGAUAUUGAAUCACCAAUUUGUAAAUGAAAUAUGAAUAAGUUGCAUAACUUGAAGUGAUAUUGAAUCACCAAUUCGUAAAUGAAAUAUUUGUCAGUGUUUGAGAAAUUAAAAGGAAGUGUAUUUCAGAAUUUGUGUUUAUUAUUAUUCUUAUGAUUCAUAAUUCUGGUCCUUAAAUAAUAGUGAUUAUUUUCGAAUGAAAAUAAAUCCGAAGUUAUUUAGGCCAGGAAUUAUCUGGUUUUUUCUCGCUGGUAUUUUUAGAUAAAUGCUAUUUUUAGACAACUUGUCAUUACAUAUGUAUGCCAUUUGGAAUGCUUCGGUUUCAACAGCAAAACUAUCUCUGACGUCACAUUAUCAAUUGCAAACAUGGCAGAUGAAACAGACACAAAAUUCCCACCCACCACACCC